AGAGCUGAAGGUGCUUGAACUGAUUCAGUAUUGCUUUGUGCUGCCUUUUUGCUAGCUCUUGUUUUCCUAUGGCAGGCAUGAAAUAAUGUAAACCUGUGAGCUUUUUUUAACUCCUUUUCCUGAGCCCCUAGGAGGGAGAGAGUGUAUGCUACUUCUCUAUAGCUGCCCAACUUUUGCCUGGACAGCACCACAUGAGCACUGACAGCAGGAGGAGUUGCUGAGUGCACUGUCUGCCUGCAAAGGGACAGGGAUUUGUGUUUCUUAAGUUCUCACCGACUCAUCCAGCGCUGCAAGUUAGCCAUCACGGUAAGUCAAUUCUCCUGAAAGGGAAGGGAGGAAGAGUGAGGGAGUGAGAGAUAUCCUAGAGCUUUUGAAAGGAAGAGUGGCCGUGCAGGAGUCUGGUGUUUCCUUCUACUUGACACCAUCAGUUUCUCGUGUUAAUGUUUGGGCUGGGGCAUUCGGGUGAGGCUUUGUGAGCUAUUUAAACAUCUUGGUCCUCCUCAAAUGCUGUAAGUUUUCUUAGAACUUCUGGAGGUCUCCAGUGCAUCCUGCUGCUUGGAACAGGGCAGGUGCUAACCCUAAAUCUGGACAGGCUUCAGACUGUAAGAAGUAUCUGGCUGGGACAUGACUUCUGCAAGCUUAAAGGCACAGAACCUGGUAUCACUUAGAUAGGCCUUAUCCACUCGGUACAACAGCUUGUUCUUGAAAUUGAACUGGUUUUAAAGAAAUUAACUGCAUAAAGGUACUGGUUAUCUUUGAGCGUAUGUGCACUUAAAGCAGAUUUACUUGCUGCUGAGAAAGUAUUUUAGAGUUCAACAGUAGAGCAGAAAAAGGAGAAAUCAAGAUAAUUGUCCAGAAAUGUCCAAAAUACAGCAAGUCAAAUAAAAAUCUCUUUGUUGCCCAGAAGGGUAUGGCUAGUUAAACAGGCUGUCCUAAAGCAAAUGAGGGUGUGGUUUUAUGGUGCUGGUAGCUCCUGACAUGCGUGCCCUAUAACAAGUGCUCCAGAGCUCAGCCCAUAAAGUGAGGGGUACUUUGCUGUGUUGACUGGGGAGAGGGUGAAAGGGUACUGUAGCCUGUUACCAUAGGAGUGCCAUAGGCACUGUAAACAUUUAUACCCUCAUUUACUUAGGUAGCCUCACCAGCAAAACUGAAAACUUAACUGGUGGAGGGAAAGGAAAGAAAAAGGGAGAGAAACCUGAACUAGUUUAAAGUUCAGAAGUUUAAGUAACUGCAGACUUAGUUCAUCUUUCUUUCUAGAGGACUUGGACUUCUGUCACUUUCUUUUUUUUUUUAAAUACAGCUUAUAUAAAAACACUUCUGAAUUUACACAUCUCUAAGUUAAGGAACAAUUGAAAAGCUGUUUUUUAGGGUAUCAUUUUAUGAGUGAAAUCACUGUGAGGAUUUUUUCUGUCUGUUUUUACUGUUGUAACUUAAGUGCUCUUCAUAGAGUAGGACAUAGGUCCUGCUUCCUUAGUGCACUGACUUCUAUGGAGGCUGUGGUUCUGCUCAGCAGAAGGACUGAUUAAAGCUGGUGGAUAUUUUAGCACUGAUGUCCUGGUAGAACUCUUGCAUGUUUUAGCUCUGAGGGUCUUCUGAAGCAGAAGGGGUGGCUGGGGAGGACAGCCAUACUGAAACACCUAUAGGAAUAUAGGUCAGGAUGAUUGCCAGCUCCAGCGUAUGACUGUUACUGCCAUUUUAUAUCAGAUUUGUCUCCUUUUUAGCAUGAUCCUGCUUUGAGUCAAUUGAACGUAAUUACUGUGACAGGUGCCUGUUAUGAACUUUAUUGCAAGGCGGUGUUUGAGGCAAGCUAUGAAGAAAGAAACUUCUGUGGAAAGGCAGUGAAAUUUGGUAAAUAGCAGACGUAAGGUUGAGAAAAUUCACCUUUGGACAUUUUUUUUUUUUUUCUGGUUGAGUCAUCCUGUGAUCAUUCACGAUAUGAACAGAAGAAAUGCAAGCUUUACUGCUGGAGAUAAGUGGAAGGUUUCUGUUUGUCUGUCCUGUUACCCACUGUGUUUGUUAAAGAUACUGUGUUCUUUGCAGAGGAAGAAUGCGUUGCCCUGUUUUUUUCUUUGGUCGUGAACCAGAUAAGGUGGGAGAACCAAACAAUUAUUUUCUGUGGUGAAGCAUCAUUUGUUUCUGCAUUAAAGGUGAUAGCUUGAUAGAAGGAUUCUGUGCAAGGGAAUUCAGGGAUGGCUCUUCAGAGACUGUUUCCUAUUUUGCCUUGGCUUAGGGGUCCGUUGUAUCUCCAGCGUAAUGGUUGUACCUGCAGUGAGUAUCACCAGUUAACCAAGAGGGAAAAUGUGCCAUUUGGUUUGUGAUCUGUAUGUAAAGGCUGCCCCUGCUCACUCAGGUGGCAUAAUUAGAGACUGAGCAUGGAAAUCUUGCACAACUGCUGCAGCAGCUGUGUUGGGAUGCUUGUGUGUGCUGGGCACUUGUUCAUGUGACUAAUUCUGACUGCUAGGGAUAUGACUUCAGAUGACUGUUAUUUAAAAAGAACAAAAAACACGCAUCCCCAGGCAACCAAAAAUAAAUUUGUACAUAGAUGAGAAAGGAAAACCACACAGGAUCGAAGUAUUUCCAUGAAGUUGAGCACUAGUUCAGUGAGCAGGAUGCAAACGGGCUGCCACCUCUCAUGGCACUGCAAGUUGGCCCAUCCUGGAAAAGCCCUGGAAGGAAAACAGUGCCUUCACCUCCAGCACACAGCUCCAGACAGAACCCCUCACCUCAGGCCUCCAGUGACAACUCCAUGUGUAACCUCACCCAAACUGGAACCUUUCAUUGAUGGAAGACGCAGACUGUGUUCUUGGAUGCUGGCAUUAAACACACUUCAAAUAUAUUUAAUUUUGGAUGUCUAAAGCUUUACUAAUGUUUCUGGAAAACUCAUUUUUUUCCUUCUAGUAAGUACUGUUGCUGUAAUUCUGGCUGGCGUGGAGCUCUCUGGUCGCUGCAUGCAACAUGACUUUGUGAUACUGUGGGACUAACUGGAUGAAUGUGGAUAACUGGUUUUGGAUUUUCAGUGCUGUGAAAUAAAACUGCACACUUUCUUCACCUGUUUUAUGAGCAACAGUAAUGCAGUCUGUAGCAUCAUGCCUUUAUUCCGCUUCAAAUACAUUUGGCAGACUGCUGUUCCUUGCAGUAUCUGGUUGUUUUGUCUCUUCGCACUGCCGCAUGCUUAAUAUUAAAGUACAUUAAUUGACGUUUUACUUUUUCAUUUUGACUCAAGUUGAAAACUUACUCUUUUUUCCUGGAGCACUGAUUUAAAACCAGUGAUAGCCUCCUGGCAAGCUUUUCACAGGUAUUACCAAAUGCCUGGAGAUGUCCUGCAUUCUGAAGUGAACAACGCACAUCUUUCUCUGCGGUCCAGGAUCUGAUGCAGUGCUGUUUUCUUAAGCAUUAUCACCCUCUUGUGUGAAAUCAAAGCUGGUUUCAUAAAGAAGAAUUAGAAAAAAGGUAACGUUAUUUUAACCAAGCAGGACUUGCUUCUUGGGAAGGGAAAAGAAAAGCAGCCCUGCCAUACACAUAUUUCAACUAAUUUUUAAGAAGUAUAAGUAUUAUGCAUUGAACAGUUAUUAAAUGCAUAACUUUUCAGAGGGAGGUUAUUUUAGUUGAAUGUUAGUUUGUAUUUGUUGGUAUGAUAGAAAUGGUGGUUUCUCUGCCUUCUUGCUUUCUUGGAUGUGAAGUUACAGGCAGUGUCUCCUGAUGCUCCGAGUCACAGACUGCGCUGACCUUACUGGGCUGCACCGUUGCCCUCUAUCCUCAGUGAAGGUUAAUCAGUUAUGGUCCAAAAAAAGGAACUCUGUACAAAUGCAAACAGUAUGUACUGGUGAGACCGCUGGUAAUGCAGUGCCAGCAAUUGGCCAGGAACAGGCAUGCCAGCAAGAGCUCUGAACUUGGUGAUUUCUGGAGAGAUUUUUUUUGCCCAGCCUUUCCUUCUCUUGUGAAUUUGUCGACUCGAUGCCAGAGUUUCAUCACCCCUGUUGCCAUGUGCUGGUAGCCUUUGUGCUUUCUGCUUGUGAAACAUGUCCAUGCCAAAGCAGUGAUGAACAUCCCUUCCAGCGUGCCCUUGUGCCCUGUGUCCCUGAUCAGUCUAGGAGGAGGUGGUAAAUCAAAUGAAUUCUUCUGAUGUCAGACCCCAGCUAACUCACCAUGGCAGUCCAGCAGAUGUACACGAGGUUGGACCUGGCCAUGGGGAGAAAAAAGAAGGUUCUCCUUCCAGGCUGGAAAAUGGACAGGGAUCAACCAAUGUGGUUUACCAAGCCCAUCAUGUCAGCAGGAGUAAGCGAGGACAGGUUGUCGGUACCAGGGGUGGAUUCCGUGGCUGCACAGUUUGGCUAACAGGCCUUUCUGGAGCCGGUAAGACAACCAUUGGCUUUGCUCUGGAAGAGUACUUGGUCUCUCAUGGCAUCCCCUGCUAUUCCCUGGACGGCGAUAAUGUUCGGCACGGCUUGAAUAAAAACCUGGGCUUCUCAGCUGGGGACCGCGAGGAGAAUAUCCGCCGCAUCGCAGAGGUGGCCAGGUUGUUUGCUGAUGCUGGGCUUGUCUGCAUAACUAGCUUCAUUUCUCCUUUUUCAAAGGAUCGUCAGAAUGCACGGAAAAUUCAUGAGGCUGCUGGGUUGCCUUUCUUUGAAAUCUUUGUAGAUGCUCCUCUAAAUAUUUGUGAAAGCAGAGAUGUGAAGGGCCUGUACAAAAAGGCAAGAGCCGGAGAGAUCAAAGGAUUCACAGGGAUUGACUCAGACUACGAGAAGCCCGAAUCUCCUGACCUGGUGCUGAAGACAAACAUUGCGUCAGUGUCUGAAUGCAUCCAGCAGGUCGUGGAGCUCCUGCAAACACAAAACAUUGUGCCCUGUGCAUCAGUUAAGGACGUUUUUGAGCUGUUUGUACCCAAAAAUAAACUUGAUGCUGCCCGAGCUGAAGCAAAUGCACUGCCGUCCGUGGAGAUCACAAAGCUGGAUCUGCAGUGGGUGCAAGUGCUGAGCGAAGGCUGGGCCACGCCACUGAAGGGCUUCAUGCGCGAGGCAGAGUACCUGCAGGUCAUCCAUUUUGGCACGCUGCUGAACGGAAAGAACCUCUCUGUAGCUGAUGGUGUCGUCAACCUGAGCAUCCCCAUUGUGCUGCCAAUCUCAGCGCAGGACAAGCAGCGGCUGGAGGGCUGUGGGGCACUGGCACUCAGCUACGCGGGGCACAGGGUGGCCAUCCUCAGGGACCCUGAGUACUUUGAGCACAGGAAGGAGGAGCGCUGUGCCCGCAUCUGGGGCACCACCUGUGCCAAGCACCCACACGUCAAGAUGGUGAUGGAGAGUGGAGACUGGCUGGUGGGGGGAGACCUCGUUGUGCUGGAAAAGAUCUGUUGGAAUGAUGGCCUGGACCAGUAUCGCCUGACACCGCUCGAACUCAAGCAGAAGUUCACAGAAAUGAACGCCGAUGCUGUCUUUGCAUUCCAGCUGCGCAACCCCGUGCACAACGGGCAUGCUCUGCUCAUGCAGGACACACGGCGCCAGCUCUUGCAGAGGGGUUACAAAAACCCCGUGCUUCUCCUGCACCCCCUGGGCGGGUGGACCAAGGAUGACGACGUUCCGCUGGAGUGGCGGAUGAAGCAGCAUGCAGCGGUGCUUGAGGAGCACGUCCUGGACCCCAAAUCCACUGUUGUUGCCAUCUUCCCUUCUCCCAUGCUCUAUGCCGGCCCCACAGAGGUGCAGUGGCACUGCCGGGCUCGCAUGAUCGCUGGCGCCAAUUUCUACAUCGUGGGGCGCGAUCCCGCAGGCAUGCCUCACCCCGAGACCAAGAAGGACCUGUAUGAGCCCACGCAGGGAGGGAAGGUGCUCAGCAUGGCGCCAGGCCUGACCUCGGUGGAGAUCAUCCCGUUCCGUGUAGCAGCUUACAACAAAGUGAAGCGAGCUAUGGAUUUUUAUGAUCCGAAAAGACACGAUGAUUUUGACUUCAUCUCAGGAACACGCAUGAGGAAGCUGGCUCGCGAAGGGGAAAACCCACCUGAUGGCUUCAUGGCCCCCAAAGCUUGGAAAGUGCUAACUGAGUACUACCAAUCGCUGGAAAAAAAGAAUUAACGCUACUUCUCCUCCUAGAAAUACUUGUAUUAAGAGUGAGCGAUGAUUGAUUGAUUCCCUAUGACAGAGAUCAGCUACAUGGCAUUUUCACUAUUCUGACUAGUGGGACUUUCCUGCCUGGAUCAGAGUAGUUUUUAAUAAUCAGAAAUACUUUGAACUGAGUCCUCCUCCCCUCAGAGCUGGAGGAGGAUGGCAGCCGGCCCUUUGCUUCCAGCCUGGUGCAGCUCCAGGAUGCCUGGUGCAGUGUUGGAUGGGGCCAGCUGGCUCAUUUGGUGCUGCUGGGGACACCGGGGCAAAUCUGCGCACCUGCAUGGAGCAGAAGCAAUGAAGUGUCCUUCCUUUACCCCUUGCCCAGCGCUGCCCCAAGAGAGGGAGCAAGGAGUGGUUGCUGCUGGCCCUCAGUGCUUGGAUCCAGUUGCUGCUCGAGGUCGUGCCUUAGACAGCACUUGCUAACAGUGAGACUUUUUAGUGCCUUUUUAUAAACAGCCUCAUGGCCGAGUCAGUGCCUCACCAUUCUUUUCUUCCUCCUGCUUGCCCCCCCCCCCAUUAAAAAAAAAUCGGAUCUGAUCCUGAUGCUCCAAGUUCGCUUCCCAUGGGGAUGCUGGGACUCCCUGUGCUCAUAGCCCAGUGGGCACCACGGCAGCUGUGCGGGGCAUCACGCAGCCUGGGAGAUCGUUGAGAAGAUGCUGAUCACACAGGACAGUGCAGAGGGCGGAGCUGGGGCUGCCUUUGCCUGCUGGAAAGCUGCAGUGCCUCUCUGGUUUUCCCCUGCCAUGGACUUGGCCAUCAAACCUCGUGUCUUCCCUCCGACUCGUGCUGCUGUGGUGUUGGGAAAGGUGGGCAGCGCCUUCCCUGACCGCCGUGCCUUCAGUCAGUUCCCCGGGGCCACUCAGCACGGGAUUCACAGGAGCUGCUUUCUGUGUGCCUUCUUUUAAUUACAAAUGGGCCCACGCUCAGCAAGAACAGCCCCGGUCCUGCUGGUCACUGCACAUCAAGCGACACCGCAAGCUCAGACCUGUUUUGCUGUGGCCACGGUGCAGUAUCCAAGACUACAUACGCAAUUGGGAAUAUUUUUGUAAGAAGUGUUUUAUGUUUCACUUGUCACCUGAUGUUGGGCUUUUUUUUUUGUAAUCUUUUUACGUGUUCAAAGGGAAGAACAAAAAGCUGUGCUAUACCUCAAUGCCAUGCUGCAACGACCCCGGCAGUAGCCGAGCGCGCGCUAGCACCAGUGCCUUCCACACGCAGGCCCUCUGGCAGGGACCUGCAAGACAAAAGCAAGAUGCUGAUUUUUUUUAAUUGCAAUAUUGGCCAUUCUGAAGCAGCAUUUAGAGCUGUUGCCUCUCAUCCCAAAAGAAUCAAGCAGAGCAAGACAAUGUACUUAAUCCAGACGGUCACAGCGAAACGCAAUUCUUGUAUUGUUCUUUUACAAUAGCGUAGUAUACCAAUUACCUCUGAUUAAAAUAAUGUGGACUAGUUGGUUUUUUUUUUAGUGUAUUUAUUAAAGACAUGAGACUGGAAUUUGUACCUCAACUGAUGCAUCUCCUGAUUUAAUAUAUUCUGACCUUGAUACUCUGAGACACUCACUUUUAGUACAAAUAAAUAUUUAUAUGUGUAAACUAA